GGUCCCCGGGGUCCGUCGCGGUCCCUGACCCGGCCGUGCCGCAGCCGCCGGGCCAUGGCGGGACCCCCGGGGCCGAAGCCGCUGGUGGCCGUGGGCCAGGUCACCUCGACGCCCGACAAGGAGCUCAACUUCGCCGGCUGCGCCGCGCUGGUGCGGGAGGCGGCUCGGCGCGGCGCCUGCCUCGUCUUCCUCCCCGAGGGCUUCGACUACAUCGGCCGCGACCCGGCGGAGACGCUCGGCCUGGCCGAGGGCCUGGACGGGGACCUGAUGGGGCGCUACGGGCGGCUGGCCAGGGACUGCGGCGUGUGGCUGUCCCUGGGCGGCUUCCACGAGCGCGGGCGGGACUGGGCGGCCACGCAGCGCAUCUACAACUGCCACGCGCUGCUGGACCCCGCAGGCCGCGUGGUGGCCGCCUACAGGAAGAGCCACCUGUGUGACGUGGAGCUGGAGGGGCGCGUCAGCAUGAAGGAGAGCGGCUUCACCAACCGCGGCACCGAGAUCGUGCCCCCGGUCAGCACGCCGGCAGGGAAGCUCGGGCUCUCCAUCUGCUACGACCUGCGCUUCCCCGAGAUCUCGCUGGCGCUGCGGCGAGCCGGGGCCGAGAUCCUCACCUACCCCUCGGCCUUCACCGUCACCACGGGCUCCGCGCACUGGGAGGUGCUGCUGCGGGCGCGGGCCAUCGAGAGCCAGUGCUACGUGGUGGCGGCGGCGCAGACGGGCAGGAACCACGAGGGCCGCGCCUCCUACGGCCACGCGCUGGUGGCCGACCCCUGGGGCACGGUGGUGGCCCAGUGCGGCGAGGGGCCGGGGCUCUGCUACGCCGAGAUCGACCUGGAGUACCUGCAGCGC